AACUUUUGGUAUUACUAUUACGUGUUUAAACAAAUACAAUUACGGUAACGACGGUGGUUGACGUAGCGCGUACGUACCUUGUUUGGUCCUCCGUUGUACCCGUAAUUGUCUGCUAUCUAUGCGGAAGUAGCUAUGAAUGGUUGCUGUGCUAGUGUUUUCUUUUUAAUUCCGUCCCAGAAUAUCUAAAUUAAAGUUAAAUAAAUAUUAAUACUUUUCAAAAAAAGGGAGAGUUAUUUCCUGGGAUUUUGGACGACAUGUGUGUCUAUCCUUUACCCUCACUGCGUGGGAACUGUUAGCUACCGAUCAUCAUACCUGACCUAUACGUGGCUCAGAAGUUUCCAUCGGCAGCCGGCAGAAUGAAGGUCCGCUCGUCUGUCUUCGCCUCGUUUAUUUUGAUAUUUGAAGUGAUUGGCGUUGCCCUCUUCCUCCGGGGAUUCUUUCCUGUGCCUGUCAAGUCUUCAGUUUCCUCCAAGAGCAAGCUGUCAGAUCUGCCACCAGAGCCGGUGACAGGUCGUUCCCCCAACUCCACACGUGUGCCCCAUCCCCUGUUUGAAAAGGUGGUCAUAAUGCUGGUGGACGCCCUGAGAGAAGACUUUGUCUUUGGACCCAACGGCCGCCUGUACAUGCCUUACACCAGACAUGUGGUGGAAAGAAGCUCCUCACACAGUUUUGUGGCCAAAGCCAGACCUCCGACUGUCACCAUGCCCAGGAUCAAGGCUCUCACCACUGGCAGCAUUCCAGGAUUCAUUGAUGUGGUAAUGAACCUAAAUUCCCCUGCACUGCUGGAAGACAACCUCAUUUGGCAGGCCAGAGCAGCGGGGAAGAGGAUCAUUUUCUACGGAGACGACACCUGGAUUCGCCUCUUCCCCAAACACUUUGUGGAGUUCGACGGCACGACCUCCUUCUUUGUGUCCGACUACACUGAGGUUGACAACAAUGUGACGCGUCAUCUGGACAGCACCCUAAAAAGGGACGACUGGGACAUGUUGAUCCUUCACUACCUGGGCCUGGACCACAUCGGUCACAUCAGUGGACCUCACAGCUCACUCAUCCAACCAAAGCUGCUGGAGAUGGACGACAUUUUGAAGAAGAUCCACUCUGCCCUUAUUUCAAAGCAGACAGAGGGAGCUUUGCCUUAUCUGCUGGUGCUGUGUGGGGACCAUGGCAUGUCUGAGACCGGCAGUCAUGGAGGUUCUUCAGAGCCGGAGGUCAACACACCCUUGGUGCUCAUCAGUCCAGCCUUCAGGAGAAAAGAGGGAACCCUGAAGCCGGAUGUAGUGGAGCAGAUUGACCUCACCCCGACCCUGGCACUGGGUCUCGGCUUACCGAUUUCUCAAAACAGUGUGGGCCGCAUCAUCCCUGGCGUCUUUGAGGAAACAUCGCUCCGGGACAAACUGCGCUUCCUGCAUCUCAAUGGCCACCAGCUCAGCUGCCUGCUCAAAGACAGCCUGCCCAGCUAUGAAAAAGAGCCGGGCUUUGAACAGUUCCGUGUGGCAGAAAAGGCUCAUGGGAGCUGGAUGAAGCUGUACCUGGAAGGGAACACCUCGGAGGUGCUGGCCAACAUGGGCAAGAAGGUGUUGAAACAGUACCUGGACGCUUUGAACGCAAUGAGCUCAGCACUUGGCAAACAGCUGGGAAGGUACGACAUGUACUCCAUGAUCGCAGGCAUGGUCGUUGUGUUCCAGCUCCUGUUGCUCCUACUGCUGGCGUUGCCUGAAGCUCUGAGCGGAGCAGCAGCGGUGGACGUCCCCGUCCUCUCAGCCGUCCUCUCUCUGCCGUUUUACCUGUUGUGUCUGCUGUUCGCCUCCGUCCACGUCCUGGUGUGCACAUCGGCCGAAAGCUCCUGCUACUUCUGCAGCCUCUCCUGGGGUCUGGUGUUUGCCGCUGUUGUCUUUUCCUCAGCUCUCUUUUGUAUUUUGAUCUCCAUGGCAAUGCGUCGACUGCCCCAGGAACACAAGACUUACAGGAAGUCUCCUCUGACCGCCCCUGUCACCGAGUGGUCACUGUCAGAGCUGGACGUGUUGCUGCUCGCCGGUACCGUCGGCCACACUCUCAGCCUGGCGGCCAGCAGCUUCGUGGAGGAGGAGCACCAAACCUGGUACUUUCUGAUCAGCACCCUCUGCCUCGGCGUCUUUCAAGACGUCUGUCGCAAGUACUUCAGGGAGCGGAUAGUUACGGGAGACGAGGAGGAGCCCGUACUUUCCUCCAAGGACCGCCGCUCUGGUCAUCGUAAAGCAGACGUCCACUCAGAGAAGUGGCUGGCGUUGGCCACGCCGCCCUUCACGCUGCUCUGCUGCCGCCUGCUGCGCUCACUCAACCAAACUGGCGUCCAGUGGGCUCACCUCCCCGACGUCGGACACUGGCUCAACAGUGCGGAACAUAAAGUGGUCUUGUCCCUGCUGGCCGCUUUCUGCCUCGUCCUCAUCUACUUCCUGGUUCAAAGACGGUGCUCGCUGGUCUCCAAGGUCGCCCUCGCCCUGGGACUGCUGGGCGUCUACAGCUACAGAGCAGCUGUGGACAACGUCUCAUUUCCCUGGCAACACUCCGGUCACGCCACGUCCAGGGGAAUGCUGGAGGCGCGCUUCGUCUACGUCUUCGUUCUGGGAAUCCUGUUCACGGGCACCAAGGACCUGCUGCGAUCCCAGAUCAUCACUGCGGAUGCCAAACUGAGGAGCAGGGGAUUGUGGGAGAUUUACAGCGGUUUGGUUCUGCUGGUCGCGCUGCUGUUCCGUGCCCACAACCUGCCCGUGCUCUGCGGGUCUCUGCUGAUCCAGACGCUCAUGGCUCAGUUCAUCUGGAAGAAGCUUCACUACGACGCAGCCCAGACCACCAUCAUGCACUACUGGUUUGGUCAGGCCUUCUUCUACUUCCAGGGCAACUCCAACAACAUCGCCACCAUCGACAUCUCCGUGGGCUUCGUCGGACUGGAGAGCUACAUCGAAGCGCCUGCUGUUUUCCUAACGUCCCUCAGCACGUACGCGGGGCCCCUGCUGUGGGCCUGUCACCUCAUCUGCCACCUCAGCUCAGAGGGGGAGAGGAGCCCGGUGUCUCUCAGCCACGGCUGCUACUGCCUGGCCCUGCUGAGGUCGGUGCCGGCCGCCGCCUACAUCGUGCUGGUCACGGUCCUGCGCUACCACCUCUUCAUAUGGAGCGUCUUCUCACCCAAACUACUGUACGAGUCCGUGCACCUGCUGCUGACCGCAGGAGUCUGCCUCUUCUUCAACACCAUGGAGCGAGGCCCCGGCUCUGGAGCUCCACUUCAGUGCCGUCGUUGAAGAAACGACACAUUUAAUUCGGUGCUCACGUCUGAGUGGGAGUCCUUAUGAAAUCCUCCAGUGAAAAGAUGAAGAGAAGAUUCAAUAUGACCCUGGAAUCAAAGACGUUCAAAGAUGUUUUAACUUCAACUGAACGUCGGGCUUUUGUUCAAAACUUAUUAAAAACUUAUUAAUUGGUGACAUUUCCCAAGGAAUCCAACUUAUGAAUCAAUUGAUAUUUGAAUGAAAAGGUCCUUAAAGGUGUCAUUGCUGAGGACAUGUUAGAGUCAAACUUUAUUUUCUUCAGUCAGUCGUAGACUCACUGACUGUCCUGAUCUCAGUCAGGCUGCUCAAACCUAACAUUUUCUCUUAUGGACACUGUGGGUUUUUUUUUUCAUAUUCUCUGAGUAACGUCUCUGUUCAGCACAUGUCAUCUUGUCCAUGCACAUGAUUCAUGACAUAGGUCUACAUUUGGCAUUUCCUUCUCCACCUUUGAAAACACUGAGACUAUGAGUGAUUUGUAUGUGUGAAGUAACGUCUAAUCUUCUAGCAGAAAAUACAGAAUUCCAGAGAGAGAGAGCAGCUGGAACUCAAAGUUGGAGUUGUGCUUCCGUGUUGGAGCGUUUCCUCUGAGACCUGCAUUAACUCAAGCAACACCGCUACUCUAUUUAAAUGCUUCAGGAGUCGUCUGCUAAGUGGCAGAUGGCAGCCGGCCAGAGAAGAUAUUCGAACUGUGGAGUUCCAAGCUGAAAGGAGCAGCCACUGCAGGAGAUACUGACUGACGCACACCUCAGUCCGCACCUACAGCCUGGCCAGGGUUCCCCUUCAUGCUGACUUACAGUAUUGUACAUUUGGUUUGUUAACCUUCCUUGAAAAGUUUUUUAGUUUUUUUUAAUUUGUCUUUAGAAAAAAAAAAUUUUAAAGUUAAAAAACAUCUUCAGUCUGAGCUCACUUG